UGCGCUUUGAUCUGUGGGCGUAGCUAGUUCAUUCAGCUCUAGCAUGGGAGACAAGGAGGCAUCUCAAGUGGCCGGAGAACCUGCCGGGGAGUCGAUUCAGUCUUCGGAGAACGAGACCAGGAGGCUGACAUGGUACAAGAAGCUCUCCUUUACCAGCGGCCACUUCAUGAACGUCGUAGGCAUCUCGAUAUGGUUCCCGUACAGUGUCAUCUUCUUCCAGAAAGUCAUCGGCCUCCCGCCCUCCGACACGGGGACCGUUAUUCUGGUAGCUCAGGUUGCCGGAGCCGUUUCCCUGCCCUUCAUCGGGAUGUGGUCCGAUCAGACGGUGCUCAGGUACGGUAGGAGAAAGAUAUUCCACUUGGCCGGCAUAUUGGCCACAGGACUGGUGCUGUUUUUUCUCUGGCACGAGUGUCUCGGAUGCAGCGAUGCGCCUCCAGAGUACCAGGUCAUCUACUUUACCAGUUUCGCAGUGGUGUUUCAGUUUGGGUGGGCGGCAACACAGAUAGCCCAGCUCUCUCUUAUCCCUGAGCUGGUUCGCGACAAGACUGAACAAGUGGGCCUCAAUGCCAUGAGGACUACGUUCACAAUUGUAGCCAAUAUCAUCAUCUUUGUCUGUUUCUUGGUGCUGUUUGCCACCUUCAAAAACGAUACUAACUCCAUCUCACCAGACGACAAAGACGUAUUUUGGAUUGUUGCAAUCAUUGCAGUAGUAUUGGGAUUUCUCUUUGGUGUCCCGUUUCAAAUCCUGAUCCGCGAGGACCCAGAUGCUGCGAGACUGCCUCGCCUGAAGUGGUUCGAGUGGAUCCAGCAACCUCAGUUCUUCCUGGCCAUGUGUGGGUUUGUGAGUGCAAGAAUAAUCUUCAUUGUCCCUCAAACCUACCUACCCAUCUACCUCACUGACACCCUUCAGUUGAACAAGAAAAGUGUAGCUACUGGGCCACUGGUGCUCUAUGUCACGGCUUUUGUCACCACCUUUGCAGUCAAGCAAGUCACCAAAAAGAUGGGAACUUUGUUGUUUAUAAUGGUGCUUUCUUCCACAGAUGAUGUUCUUUAUGGGCAUGGCAGUUGUUUGGGCUGCAGUUCAAAUCCUCAAGGUGUGUACAUCUUCCGCAGGAUCUGGUUCUGGGUGAAAGAGCCAUCACAAGUCAGUCCACAAGUCGUGUUCAACGCAGCCAGAGACAAUGUCUACCUGGCCAUUGUCCUGCUGGGAGUGGGCGGGGCUACAGUCCUCGUCCUCUCCUACACCAUGAUCUCACAGGUCGUCGGCAAGUACACUCAGUUUGCUCCACAAUCAACAACAGAUCCCUCCAGUCAGGAGUUUUACAGACAUGUGAUGGUCUAUACUCCCUUCGCUGCCAGUGCCCUGGGUCUCUUCACCCUAUCAGCCUACCUCCUCUUGCAGGAGAGAGAGAGGAGGAGAUACAAUAUGGCUAUGUCUAGAGAUCGUCUACCGCCACUACCCAGAUUAAUCACGACGAAGGGCAGAGCCGUCUUAAAAAGCCAGCAUCCAAGCAAGCUGGGUUCUGCAACACAUGAGCGGAGAGCAGCACCUCUUAGCACACAACUCACUUGAAUCAUAAUGUUAGCAGUUUGCAGAGUGAUCUAUAUAUCAUGUAUUUCUUUGUAAAUUUGUGAGUGACUCAAAAUAUGUACGGAUGAGUCACAAUGUAACACUGAGAUAAAUGGACAAAUUUGCGUUGACUCGACUGAGCGAGUGAGAGGGAGAGGGGAGAGAAAGGAGAGAGAGAGAGAGAGAGAGAGAUGGGGAGGAGUUAUCAAGAUAUGACACAGUCUUUGCUCCCAGUUCUGUCUAGGGAGGCGUUUCUUUGCUGGUUCGGUGGAAGCCCCGAGUCGUCAGAGGCAAAUCCGUCCCUCUCGCGAUGAGUGCUGCACAGACAAAACACAAUACCGAGAGUAGAUUUAUCUACUAUUGCUGGGUAUGGCAUGCAGCCUAAAGUAUUACUUGGUCAAGACUACCGUGCGAAAGAUGGGGCAAGUAAAUAG